GUCACUCCUGACGGUCCGAUAGUGAUUGUACUUUGCAAAAUUGUAUUUGGCCUUAUGGAAGAUAUCCCUGAAGAUAUUUGGGGUCCUUGUGUCCUGGCUAUAAUCUGAGGCUUUCCUGUGACUACAGUACCUUUUACAGGAGCGCUUAAAACUGUUGGUGUGCCUUUAAUCUAGAAUGAAUAAGUGACAAUAGGACAAAAAGGAACACUUGCAAUACAGAAAAUAAAUUCUAAUAAGACACAAUAAAAGUAAAAAGGCGGCUUAAAAUCUAAUAUCUGUUGACUAUGUCUGGGCUGUUCGAUGAUGAUUGUGGUGCAGAAGUGCAAAUCAAAACUGAUAAUGAAUACGCAAAGAAUUAUAAUACAUGGAGGAAGAAAGAAGAACUGAACAGAUUGAAAACGAAGUAUGGAGAUGAUGUAGAACUAAGCGACGAAUCAUCGAGCUCAUCAGACGACGAGGAUGGAGUUGAAUUAACAGAGCAGUUAGAGAAAGAUUUUUUCAAAACCCUGGCUUGCUUAAAAAGCAAAGAUCCUAGAAUAUACGAUAAAAACGCGACCUUUUUCACUGAUGAAAUUGUAGGAACAUCCGUGAAAGUGACAAAGGUAAAGGAUCAGCCUAUGUUUUUGAAAGACUAUGAAAGAAAGCUGAUACUAGAAAAGGGAGGUGUGUUAAGUGAUGAAGAAAAUGAGAUAGAAAGGCCUAAAUCACCAACAUACGUUGAGGAACAAAAUCAGAUCAAGGACAGUUUGAAAAAAGCUUUGGAUGAAGUUGACGACAAUGAUAAUGAAUGGGGAGGACUAUUUAAACAGAGAACUAAAACCAAGGAAGACAAGGACAAAGAAGAAACAGACUACAUACAAUGGUUAGCAGGUCAGAAAAAAGAAUUGAAAGAUAAGAAAGAAGAAAAGCAACUGAAGCCACUCAAAGAUUAUUGGAACAAGCCUAACCUUGAUGAAGGUGAAAAGUUUUUGAGAGAUUAUAUUUUGAAUAAAAGGUUUCUUGAUCAUGAUAAUGAUGAAUAUGUCCCAACAUAUGAAGAAAUUGUUCAUGGUACUGAUGAGCUAUCAAAUGACGAAGAAACUAUUGAGAAACAGGAAGAAUUUGAGCACAAAUAUAACUUUAGAUUUGAGGAACCUGACCAAGAAUUUAUCAAAAGGUAUCCAAGGACAAUGGAAAACUCACUGAGAAAAAAAGAUGACAGAAGGAAAGUAAAGAGACAAGAGUUGAAAGAGAGAAAAAAGAAGGAGAAGGAAGAAAAAAUGCAAGAUUUGAAGAAGCUGCAGGAACUGAAGAGAAAGGAGAUUGAAGAGAAAUUGGAAAAGCUGAAAGAAAUUACUGGAAAUCCUUCUAUUGGCUUUGGUGAUGAUGAUCUAGAUGGAGAUUUUGAUCCUGAAGAACAUGACAGGAAGAUGCAAGCUUUAUUCAACGAUGAGUUUUACCAAGGGCCAGAAGGAGAUCAGAAACCUCAAUUUCCAGAUUUGGAUGAAGAAUUAGAAAUUGAGAACUGGGAGAAAUAUCAAGGUGCUAGCAAUGAAAAUGCUGAAUAUGAACCCCAUUGUGAAGAUGAAGACUUCAAUAUGGAUUGCGAGUAUGACCCUAGUGCAAACACCCAAGAAGAACUCAUUGAAAGCACAAAGUCAAAAAAGAAGAGGAAAAGAAAAUCCAAAUUUGCUGAGGCUAUGAGCAGGCCAAAACCAAAGUUUGAUCCCAAUGAUAAGAACUAUGAAGAAUAUUUUGAAGAGUAUUACAAACUGGAUUGUGAAGAUAUCAUUGGAGACUUGCCAUGUAGAUUCAAGUAUAGACAGGUUGCACCUAAUGAUUUUGGACUCACCAUUGAAGAGAUUAUCUUAGCAAAAGAAAGGGAACUCAACAAAUGGUGUUCAUUGAAAAAAGCUGUUCAGAUCCGCCCGGAUCAUGUUGAAAAAUAUGAUCAGAUAGCUUACAAGAAAAAAGCUCAAAAUAUUAAUUUGAAAAAGAAAAUUCUACCCAGUCUUUUUGGCGAGGGUGAUGAAGAAACAGAUUCCCAAAACAAAGGAGGUCAGAAUACUGGAAAAAAUAUUACAAAAAAUGCUGAAUUCAACAAGAUUGAGAACUGUCCUGAAAAAAAGGUGGAGGACAAAAACGUGAAAAAGUCUAAGAAAAAGCAACAGAUAUCUGAAGAGCUACCAAAAACAACUACAGAUGAUAAGCGUGAAGAUACACUCUCAAAAAUAGCAGAAAAUUCAGCAGCAGUUGAGAAUGGGGAAACGGUUCAGAAGAAAAAGAAAAAAGUGAAAAAUGGAAACAAAAAAGUUCAAUGUGCAGAAGGAAAUGUAAAUCUGAAAACAGAUGACAAUAAUACUGCAAUUGAAAUAGAUUGUAAGAAACAUAAAAGGAAGAAAAAUAAUAAGAAACUGGAUGCUGAUGUAGGCAGUACAAAUGCACAGAGUGUUCAUAGUAGUAAAGAGGCGAAUCCAAAGAAAAUGAAAAAACGUAAACGUAAAGGCGUUGUCAGUAGCGAAGUGCCAUCAAAGAAAUCCAAAAGAGCAGAUGAAACAGAAAACCCUGUUGCAAAAAUAUCAGAUGCUAGGUUAGCAGCGUUUGGAAUCAAUCCAAAGAAGUUUAAAAACAAGCUGAAGUACAAAAAAUAGUUGUAUGUAUGUAUGGUUCUCUUUGAAAUAUACAGGGUGUCCCAUGUAGAACUGCAGCAAUCAAUUACUCGAGAAGUUGAUGUAGAUAAUUAUGAAAACUUGGGUUGUGGUAUAACUUAUGUAAGUACCAACUUGCUUAUUUCAAUUAUAAUUUUUGAAAUCUUUCCAAAAUUUAAAAUCCAUCUCAUAUAUAACGUCAUAUUCCUAAUUAAACCCUUUAUUUGACAAAUUUUGUGUAAAAUAUCGCAAAUGCAGGGCCAUAUAAACCUAUGACUCUUUCGUAAAUUUUUGUCUUUGUCGAACGAUUUCUAACUGCUCCGAUAUAGAAGCGGGUCUACUUUAACUCUAUUCAAUAUUUUUUUAAUUUCAUAAUACAGUGUGGUCAAAAAAUUGGAUGAAAAGUAAAUUGUUAAAGAUGCCAAAAUCAUUUUUUUCAAAUGGAUACGCCCUGUUUUUAUAUAAUCAUAUUAAGCAUUAUAAAUAAGAAUAGUUUUGUAAAACGUCUACUCCGCAAAUUAGUAGUUUAGGAAAUAAACGUUCGGCAAAGACAAACAUAUACGAAAAAUUCGUCGAUCUACAUUUUUGAUUUUUUACUUAAAACGGUUUGGAGUUAGGUAUACAAUGUUACACAUCAAAUUUUAGUCUUACGUAGAUUUCAAAAAUUGAAUAUUCAGGGUGUUCCAUAUAAAAAAAGCAAGUUGGCAUCUACUUCCGGUGCAACCGGAAAUGCCACCAUUUUGAAAAUAUUUUAGCAGAAUUCCUAGCAUUAGUUGUACCAUAACCACAAGUUUUCAUAAUUGUCUAACGUCAUCUUUUCGAGUAAUAGAUGGCUGCAGUUCUACGCGGGACUCCCUGUAUAAUUGUAUAUAAGAUUAAAAUAACUUUAAAUAGCAGGAAUACACAAAAUAUAUUUAUGCCAUGUUUUA